AUGCCUUGGGACGAUGUUCGCGAAAAGCGGCUGUUGAUCGAGCUGAUUACGAUCACCAAUCCAGCCGUUACUCGCUCUACCUGGGACACCAUUGCAGCAGUCAUGGGAGACGGUUUAACGGGCGAGGCUUGCCGCCAGAAAUUCCAAUCCAUCAAACGCACCGUCAAACCCGCCAACAGCACCACCACCACCCCCGACGGCACCACCGCCUCCAAAGCCGCCAAGGCCACCAAGCCGAAACCCUCAACCUCCUCCGGCACCGCAACCAAAACCCGCAAGCGCAAGGCCAACGUCAGACGACGACGACGACGACGACGACGACGAAGGAGCGAGCCUCUUCACGCCAAUGGCGCAGAAGAAGAUGAAGUCGGAAAAGAAGUCUCUACGACGCCGUUGCUUGAGUGGAGGUCCGAUCGACGAUGGCUGGCGUUGGGCUACAGGUGGGCUUUGUGGAAACCUGGAAACCGCCUUAAAGCUGGCGAUGAUCUCGAUCGGUGCACUCCUUGA